CAAGGUCACAUGUCGUAAUUUCCUCGUCGGUGGCGUUCAUUUAAUUGCUGCUGUGGAUCUUAAUUAAAAAUCUUAAAGAGGCUUCCUCUGCCCGCCUGAAUGCCAUCAAUCAUAGUUUCUUUUUAAUAGUGCCUGAUCCUGUGAAAUGAUGGGUAAGACGAGUAAGAAUAGCUGAAAAUUUGAAUAGUGAUCCAACAAUUAAGUUUCCCUGAAAUAGAUGCACACAGCAAAGGAGAAAAAUCUUUUGUCGGACGAAGAAGGGAAGGAUGGGCGACUAUAAUUUUCGAUUCAAAAUUUAAAAAAGCGGGAAACGCCCUAGACUCUGUGGAUAUUUUUCUACGUUUGGUUCUUUUUUAAAAGUUCUCUUUUCAACGAAAAGUUUAUUGGGAAGAGCGGAAGAUAAUGGGAAAAAAAGUGUUUGCGCUUGGAAUGGGCGUGUCGUAUGGGAAAAGGAACGAUUGGGCCACCUAACGGAUGUAAACAUAAUUUGUUGUGUAUCUUACGUGUGCAGGCGCGUUAAUGCAUAAUGCGAGGCCAUUGCAUUUUUAUCUUUGUGAAAGCUAGGUUUGAAUCAUUUUUACUGUGGCUCAUUCAAAUGAUCAUUAAUUUCCAACAUUUUAAAUUUCUCUGUCUAAUAACAGAAUCUUACGUAAAGUGCUACGUAUGUUAUUUGCCUGUUUUAAGCCGUUAAACAUCUGAUGUGAUUCCUGUUGAAGAACAGUAAAUAAUAGUCAGCUUAUUACAAAAAUGGAUGCCGACAAAAACUUAAUUGAAUGGAAUUCGGAGACCACUGAAACUCGAAAAUACCGAGCGUGCACGUCAUUGCAUCUCACGUUUAGCGAUCUCAGUUAUACCGUCGGAGAAGGAAAUAAUUGUAAGCAAAUUUUACACGAAAUUUGUGGGGUUUUCAAAUCGGGUCAGCUUUCAGCCAUUCUAGGACCUUCUGGGGCGGGGAAAAGUUCUUUGAUGAACAUUUUAGCAGGCUUAAAGAAAAAUGGGAUAUUGGGUCGAGUCGAAGUCAACGGGACUGAACGAGACUUCAAAACAUUCCGCAAACAGGCGGCGUACAUCACGCAACAAGAUUAUCUUUUGUCAGACUUAACCGUCGACGAGUACAUGACUGUCGCUGCUCAUUUGAAAUUGGGCAACAACGUUUCCGUGAAGGAAAAGAAAUCUACAAUUGAGCAAAUUUUGAAGACAUUGGGUUUAACGAGAGCACAGCAGACGAGAGUGAAGUGCUUAUCCGGAGGUGAACGUAAAAGGCUUUCCAUCGCGCUGGAAUUAAUCGACAAUCCAGCCAUCCUCUUUCUGGACGAACCAACCAGCGGAUUGGAUAGCUCAUCGAGUUUGCAAUGCAUCGAUUUGUUGCGCAAUAUCGCCAUGAGUGGUCGGACGGUGAUCGCUACCAUCCACCAGCCAAGUUCCAGGUUGCUGGAUUACUUCCAUCAUCUGUACAUUGUUACUAGCGGUUGUUGCAUGUACCAAGGGCCUGUCGAAUCUUUAGUACCUUAUCUCCAGAGCAUGAAUUUGAUAUGUCCAAAUUACUACAACCCAGCCGAUUUUGCAAUUGAUGUGGCUUCUGGAGAAUACAGUAACGUCCUGCCCAAAUUGAUAUCUGGAAUUGGAAACGGUCGCCGCAGCAUUUUACGAGAAUGUCCCUCGUCGUUACCUACAUCAACGGCAGAAUUCUUUACUCACGAUGCAACAUUUUGUUACGAUGAGAAUGCCAACUUGGGCAGACAAGCAGAGACUGGAGCUGGAAUUAAACAGCGAUUUAUGUACACCGCUCCGUUUCAUACUCAAGUGACUAUUCUUCUUCUACGAGCGUUGACAACUAUUUGGAGAGAAAAGAUUUUGACUCGGAUGCGCUUUAUUCUUCACGUAUUCGUGGCGACACUGAUGGGCCUUCUCUACUGGCAAGUCGGAGACGACGCAGCCUUCAUAUUUAACAAUGCUGGCAUGAUUUUUUUCAACCAGAUAUUCAUUCUUUACGCCGCUCUAGUGCCAACUAUUCUGACGUUUACUUUGGAAAGGAAAGUGCUGGUUCGAGAACAUUUGAAUAAUUGGUACAACCUCAAAGCCUACUACCUUGCCAAGAUGCUAGCCGACAUACCGUUUCAGAUCAUUCUACCGCUGGUCUACAUGGUGAUAGUCUACUUCAUGACGGGUCAACCAAUAGACUUUGAACGCUUUAGCAUGCUGUCGGUCAUCACAAUCUGGAUAUCGCUGAUUGGGCAAGGAUUUGGACUGUUCUUUGGAGCUAUUUUCAGGAUUGAUGAAGCUACUUUUAUUGCCCCCAUCGCUGCCAUUCCAUUUCUGCUUUUAUCAGGAUUCUUUUGCCAUUUGAACCAUAUCCCUUCUUACCUGAGAUGGCUAAGUUAUUUCAGUGUUCUUCGUUACGGUUUCGAAGGAUCGAUGCUGUCGGUUUACGAUAACAAUCGAACGAGUCUCGCUUGUUCAGACUCCUUCUGCCAUUUUCGCUAUCCUCAAAAGUUCCUUCAAUAUUUUGGCUUUGCCCAAAGUUCCUACUAUUUCAAUGUUGUCGGUCUUUUGAUUAUGUUCCUCGUAAUAAGAGUAGCUGGUUAUUUCGCGCUGCGUUACAAACUGAGACAUGUGCGUUGAGUAGUGGUUAAAAAAAAAAACGCCAUUUCUUUUUUAAAAGCGAAAAUAUUCUACUCCAAAAUAAGUCACAAAAAAAUAGAAAUACAACCUAACCUAACAAAUUCAUCGGCCUUGACCACCUUUUCGUUACCCAGUCGGCCAGUCCAUCAGGCCAAUUUUUCCUUCUCCUCCUUUCAACGUGAAGCCUAAUGACAUGUUUUUGUUCAGUUGGGCGUAUACUUAAGGUUGAAGCCAUCAGUUGUUAUUCGGAGCCACGUCAUAAUUCGUGUUCACUUUUAUGGUGCAGUGAGCUGUUACCAAAACAAAGUUUGGGAUCUUUUGGUAUGUUAUUCCAUGCGUUGGGUAAUUUGUUUAUAACUUGUUAGAAUGUGUGACAUCAAAAUGUGAGUAUUGUCGAGUAUUGUUUAUUAUUUUACCUUUUACCUAAUUUUUUCUCUGAUUAAAUUUAGUACUAUA